UCCCAUGAGCUCUGGUUCGGCUCCUCCCAACCCCACCGUUCCUCAUCGCACCACCACCCCUCCCCGGGAGAGGCGCAGGCAAGCUCCCGUCGCAAUGGCCAUAACCCACUGAAUGGACGCAGCUCGUCCACCGUCUCGGGGAAUAUGCUAUCGUCGUUACUCUUGGAAGAACGCGCCCUGCGCGCACGCAAAAGCAAUAUCGCCUCUUUCGGAUACUCGUGGAUCAAACCGGCAGGAUGUCCCAAGACUAUGUUGGGGAUGAAGGAGGAGGAGGCCGAAAGGGAAGAGGCUCUGGCUGCCGCCGCUGCCGAGAUGGCUGCCGCUGCUGUUGCGGCAGACCAGGGCGUCGACGGGAUGGAUGAGUUCGGAGGUCAGACGCAGGGUACAAUGGAUGGUGAUGGGCAGGACGAUACAGGAAUGGAGAGGGACUUGGAUGACGAUAUCCCGGACGCGGAUGCUGAUGGACUUAUUGAAGAAGGGGAGGAGGGGCUUGAAGAAGAUGAUGUUGUGGAUGAGGAAGGUUACAUGGAGCGUGAUCUGGACGACGACAUCCCUGAGGCGUUCCCGGAUGAGGACGAUGAGGAGGAGGAGGAUGGGGAUUUGGGCGAAGAGAAUGACGAGUUCAACAAUCAACCGGAUCUAGAUGGGGAGAUCCCCAGCGCAGCCGAAGAGGACUACGAGGACGAUAUGAGUGAAGAGAACGGAAUGGCGCGUGAUCUGGACGACGAUAUCCCGGAGGCCGCCGAGAACCAGUACGAGCAGGAAGAGGAAUGGCAACAUACGGAUACGGACGCCGAGUUUGACGAUGAAGAGGAUGUCAGUUUCUCGCAGGACCCCUUCACACAGAGUUUUCGCGUCAGUACAACCAGCAGUCGCGGCCUGCCGCCGCCUCCCGUUCGACGAGAGAGAGGAACGGAGGCUCAACGGCGGUUCCUACAGCGUUGGAGCGGAGGCGGCGAUGCCUUCGACACCAGCAGCAUGCUUGUGGAUGAGGAGGAUCUCCGCGCCUCUUUGGCUAGCCAGGCCAGUCGACGAAGCCUUUUUGGCCGAUUUCCACGCCGUCGAACCGGAGGACCGAGAGACAGCCUGGAAUGAUUUUGCCUUUGCCGUUAUAUUCCCAUAACGGUGUCCUAUAUCCCUGUAUUAUACCCUAAUACUGUAUGGCGAUGGAGUCUUUGGUUCGUCGUGAAUAAACGCUAGGUAGUCUAUCUGGACCGAAUGGUAAAUAAAUGCAUAAGGAGG